CAAGGCCUACUUAAUGGUUAAGGCCUGUAAACUUGAAUGUUCCCCUAUGACGGCGAGAGGAUUUGCAAAAUUCCCUAUCCUUUCCCCAGUCAAGAGCCAAUCAGAAGAAAAAAGGAGGCGAAGACUUCGCCGUCUGGCGUUCAAAAAUGCCACCUCGUAAGGAUGGGAAGAUAGAAAGAAAAUGGGGGUUGGGACUAACGUUUGACGUCUUCAGCCAAAUAAUGUGUUCUGGCCCUACGUUCCUUAUUGGCUGGACCAAAGGACGAGCGAUUUCACAGAGAAAAGUGUUACAUGUCUCCAGAUGGGGCAGAAGGAAUUCAACAAGGCCCUUCAACAUGAAAGUCGAGCUUGACAUCUGUCAAAGGCACUCCUUUACAAAUAGAUACACCGUCCACAGCCUUGACACAAACUCAACUGUGGGAUAGAAAAGGCCACCACAGUCUGUAAAAAACAAUAAGGGGUUUUUUCUUCCGCACGGCCACCUACUUCAUCUGAUUGCCAACUUGAUAAAUCUUUCCAGUCAUUGCGAGAGUUAUAUCGUCUUGUGAUUGAGGGACGGAUUUGCCUUUCCCUUGGACGACCUUGCUUUGCAGUUACUUCACUCGGCACAUUUAAGGCGCAUCGAGGAAUUACCGUGCAUCUAAUAGCUUCUAACACCGUUCCCUGAUUCCAUUCUCAACCCUUAAUAACAGUUCCCUACCUUUUUUAUUUCCGUUUAAGUCGUGAACACACGCUGAAACAAGAUUUCUGUACAUUCGACAGGUUCGAAAAUAGAACGAAUGAUAUUUAUUUGAUUGUCAUGCAUGUAAAAAAUAUAUCCGUUUCAUAACUAAUUUCCCUUAAUUUUUUGUUUAUUUUUUCAUUUCAUGCCUCAAUAUUUAUUUUUCAACGAGUUUGAUUCUGAACGCCAGAUGGCGAAGUCUUCGCCUCCCUUUUUCGUCUUAUUGGCUCUCACAGGGGCAGGGAUAGGAAUUCUGGCUACACCUGUCGCCUUCAUGGCAGUAGAUACAUGUUUACAGGCCUUAACCAUUAAGUAGGCCUUGAUUGUACCCACUUUUUAGUUUUCACGGGCAAACAAAUCGGUCGUAGUCCAUUAGUUUGUUGUAGAUUCCUAGCCUUGGUAAUUGAUCAUGAGACAGUUUAAUAGUCAGAGAAUAAGUGAAUUGCAAAACAAUCCUUCGCAUAUCAGGAAUAUAUGUAUUGUGGCACAUGUGGAUCAUGGAAAAACAACGCUAGCUGACUCUCUUGUUGCAAGCAAUGGCAUCAUUUCUCAGAAAUUGGUAGGAAAAUUGAGGUAUAUGGACAGUAGAAAAGAUGAACAGGAAAGAGGAAUAACCAUGAAAAGCAGUAGUAUUUCAUUAUCACAUACAUACAACAAUGAGGAAUUCCUAGUCAACCUAAUUGAUUCACCUGGACAUGUGGACUUUUCUUCAGAGGUUUCUACUGCGGUGAGGUUAUGUGAUGGUGCAAUAGUUGUUGUCGAUGUAGUGGAAGGUGUCUGUGCCCAAACCAAAGUUGUGCUGAAGCAAGUAUGGCUUGAACACAUAAGACCAGUCCUUGUAUUAAACAAGAUUGAUCGUUUAAUAAUUGAAAUGAAAAUGCAACCCUUAGAUGCCUAUGUCCGUAUGGUACAAUUGCUUGAACAAAUGAAUGCACAAGUUGCUGAACUUUUCACUGUAGAUGUGAUGAGUAAGAAAGAGAACAUCACUGAUAGCAGUUCAGGCUUGGAGGAAGCAGAUGAUUCCAAUAUUUAUUUUACUCCAGAGCAAGGCAACGUUGUCUUCGCUAGCGCUGCAGAUGGUUGGGGAUUCUCAUUACAAGAUUUUGCGCGCAUGUUUUCUUCGAAGCUAGGACUCCGUGAAGAAGAACUUCAGCGUUCGCUGUGGGGUGAUAAUUAUUUCAACACAAAGACAAAAACUGUCACUGCUGGGGCCCAAGAGAAAGCCAAAAAGCCAUUGUUUGUUCAAGUUGUAUUGGAAAAUUUAUGGUCUGUCUACGAUUCGGUCGUCAUCCGUAAAGACAAAAUUAUGACGGAAAAGAUUGUUCAAAAUCUUCAACUACAAAUAAACCCACGAGAUCUCAAGCAUUCUGAUCCGAAAGUCCAAAUUCACGCUAUACUUAGCAAGUGGCUUCCACUUUCAGACACAGUGCUUCGUAUGGUUUGCGAAAAAUUACCGUGUCCGUCUUAUAUGAGUGAAGCAAGAGCUGAAAAGUUGAUGUCUUCCCUUUCGAAACCAUUUGAAUUACUUCCAGAAGCUACACAGCAGUUGAAAACAGCCUUCGUUGCAUGCUCUUCUUCCGAUGAUGCACCAACCAUCGCUUUUGUUUCCAAAAUGAUGGUGGUGGAUCGUCAUUGCCUGCCGAAAAAUAAAGUUCGGUUGUUGAGCAGCGAGGAUAUCGCCCUUCGUCGCCAACAAGUAAGGGAAAAACUCGCUCAGUUCACUAUGAAACAAGAGCAAGGAGACAACGUAGCAGUUCAAGAACAACAAGUGAAAUCGGAAGAUGUGCUCGAAGAUGGCCCGAUAUUUAUAGCUUUUGCCCGUGUUUUCAGUGGGACAUUGAAGCGGGGGCAGGAGUUGUACGUGUUGGGACCGAAAUAUGAUCCCGGUGCAACAAUUGAUAAUUCUGUUGAACCCAGCGGUGCCUUAAAAGAUUUAAAAGCGGGCCAAUAUGUUACUCGUGCCAAAAUUGGUGACUUAUACUUGCUGAUGGGCCGGGAAUUGGAAUGUUUGGAGAGCGUUCCCGCUGGAAAUGUGGUAGGAAUUGGUGGUUUAGAAGAGCAUAUCCUUAAAUCGGGAACGCUUAGCUCUUCCCUGGCUUGCCCAGCAUUUACCGAACUUUCUCAGAUGGUUAUGCCUAUUGUGCGUGUCGCAGUAGAACCUGCUCGUCCAUGUGAAAUGCCGGAACUUAUUAAAGGUCUGAAACUAUUGAACCAAGCUGACCCCUGCGUUCAGGUGGUUCUCCAAGAAAGCGGGGAGCACGUUCUUAUCACAGCUGGUGAAGUGCAUUUGCAGCGGUGUCUUCAAGAUUUAGAGGAAUGUUACGCGAAAAUUCAGAUAAAUGCAUCACAGCCCAUAGUUCCCUUUCGCGAGACUAUUAUGGCUCCACUGGAACCCAUUUCAACCAGUAACGCUGGGCGCGUCCAAAUAGAAACUCCAGGGAAACGGUUCUCAAUGCGUCUUCGAGCUGUCUCCCUUCCCGAGGAAAUCACUAACGUUUUGGAAAAAAAUGUGGAAGUAAUCAAAACUAUGCCUCAAAUUCAAGGCCCCGGUCAUCUAGAUCAAACGGAAGAAGAAAUUGAAACAAAUAAAAAACUCGGUUUGCAGUGGCGAAGUAAAAUUACCAAAUUACAUCAUCGAUUGAAUCAUGUAUUCGGAAUGAAUGGUUGGGGAGAUAAUGCGGCGGAUAGGAUUUUGAGUUUUGGUCCCCGUCGAUGUGGACCCAACGUUCUGCUGAAUUACACACCAAUAACCUUACCCUGCCUAUGGAAUAAAAACCCAACUGACAUAGUGUUCGAACGCGUGACUUUGGAGUGUCUCAAUAGCGUUAUCAACGGGUUUCAGUUGGCCACCUUAGCUGGUCCAAUCUGCGAGGAACCUUUACAUGGAGUGGCGUUCAUCAUAGAAGAUAUAGCUAUUGCGGUCGACCAGCUAGCACCGUUAUCCCAUGGAGAAGAUGGAGAUAGCAACCAUAAUGGACAGUCUCAGCAACAGUGCCGUUCGUUCAGUGGCCAGAUUAUGUCAGCCGUCAAAGACGGGUGUCGGCGAUCAUUCACAAAUCAGCCUCAACGGCUCAUGGCUGCCAUGUACAACUGCUCGAUACAAGUCAGCGGCGAAGUUGUUGGCAAAAUCUAUGCAAUCCUCAGUAGGCGUCACGGCAAAAUUUUGGAAGGAGACUUGGAAGAAGGAUCGGCUUCCUUUAGUAUUGCCGCUGUUUUACCAGUUGUCGAGUCCUUUGAUUUAGCCAACGAGAUACGAAAGCAAACAUCUGGUCUGGCCAGUCACCAGCUUACUUUCAGCCAUUGGGAGGUGAUCGAUAUUGAUCCGUUUUGGGUUCCAACGACUGACGAAGAACUCGAACUUUAUGGCGAUAAAGGUGAUUCCAUCAAUCGAGCACAUGUUUAUAUGAACUCAGUCCGACGUCGGAAAGGUCUGGCUGUGUCUGAAAAAGUUGUCGAAUUUGCUGAAAAACAACGUACCCUUUCACGAAAAGUUUGAUUUUGAACUGUGUGCUGUCUCUUUCGUCUGAUUCUUUGGUGUUUUUUUUUUUUUUACAAGCGGAUGAUACAUUUUUGGGGGAAUUUUCUUACGAUUUGUUAACAGCAUUCGUUCAUUAAGGACUUCUUUCUACUUGUUAAAAUACAGAGAUUAAAUUUU